AUGAUUGCAAGAGGUAUCAUGCUUGGUGCAGACCAGCCAGUGAUCCUCCACAUGUUGGAUAUUCAUCCUGCUGCUGAAGCUCUCAACGGUGUCAAGAUGGAGUUGGUCGAUGCUGCUUUCCCUCUUCUCAAAGAGCUAUUUCCUCAAGAGUUUAUAACGUGUAUGUUGGUAGCAAACAGCUUACUGUUGUUGAAGAUUGCAGUCGCAGAUAUCAUUCCCUUCGCUCUCACCUUGAUUCUUCUCCGGCUGAUGAUCCAGCAGCCUCUCUCUUCCUCAACGCAAACGAGGAUAGCUACAGCGUUUUGCUUCCAGAAAAGCUCACUGGGAAAUGAAACUUUGCACGACAACUUUGUACAUGCUAUUGAGACAUAUCCUGAUAACAAGUAUCUUGGCACAAGAGCUCGUCCUGAUGGAACUGUUGGAGAGUACACAUGGAUGACAUAUGCGGAAACAGCUUCUCCAAGACAAGCCAUAGGUUCAGGACUUCUACAUAAUGGAAUUAAUCAUCCCAUUAACUAUAACGCACGAGAUCCAAACCAUCUGAAAGAGUUUAACCAGAGAAGGAAUCAGUGCGGCGAGUCUCCGGCGAGGAACGUGGUCGACAAAUCUCCGAAGAUUUCGUUUAAAGUAGUGAACUUUGCAGAAGCUAAGAAAUCGAGAAAGUCAUCAAUGGAAAGCGAUAAAGAAGAGCAGAUGGUGUUCUUGGACCGUACAUCCCGAGCUACACGUGGUAAACGAAUGAACAAGUUGCUUGAUGACGAAGUAGAAGAAGAUGAACAGUUUUGGAAUCAAGAAGCUCUUAAAGAGGAAGAACAUGAUGAUAACUAUGAAGCAGAAGCUGAAGUUGCUGAUGAGUUUGACAGCGACUUCAAUGACGAUGAGCCUGAACCUGAAGCAGGAGCAGAAAAUGAAAAAGAAGAGAGGGAUGUGCCAAAGAAGCGUUUGAUUUACCCUGGCAAAACUGCUCCAAAGAAGAACAAGAAGAAGAAGCUAGUUUCGAAGCUGGAAGAUGCUCCUGAAGAUGAGAAGAAGACAGUUGAAGAAUUGGGAGACAAGGAAGAAGAAGAUGAAAAGGAAACACAAGAAGAUAUGGAAAGUGAGAAGGUCAUAAGAAAAUCUACAAGGACUUCAGUGAUUGUAAGGCAAGCAGAAAGAGAUGCAUUGCGUGCUGCUAUACAAGCCACAACAAAGCCAAUAAUAAGGAAAAAAGUAGGAGAGGAGAAACGAAUGACGCAAGAAGAAAUGCUGCUGGAAGCUGCUCAAACAGAAAUCAUGAACUUGAGGAACUUAGAACGUGUUUUAGCAAGGGAAGAAGAAGUGAAAAAGAAAGCGAUUGUGCAUAAAGCGGUUUACAAGGGUCCUCAAGUUCGGUACCUUUCGAAAGAUGGAUGCAACUAUAUAGAGUUCUGUAAUGGUGCAUCAUUCAGUUCAGAGAUUUCUACUAAGACUGUUCCGUAUCCAGAAAAGGCUGUAUGUGUGAUUACUGGACUACCUGCCAAGUAUCGAGAUCCAAAAACUGGUCUUGCUUAUGCAACUCUAGACGCCUUCAAAGCAAUACGAGAAAGGUUCAUGGACGAACACAAUGGCUUGAGAAAGAAAAUGGAGAUGGGAGAUUUGUUUGACACGCUUGCGGCCAAAGGAUUUUCUGCAAAACGAAAGAGAACAAUGGUUCCGAAGACAAGCAGAUCAUCUUCCCUCAGAAACUCUGCUCGUUUCUGUAAUCUUGAGACUCCAGAAGCGAGUGAAGAUUCUGACUCAGAUUCUGAUUAACAAAGACCUCUCUGGUUGGUUCGUAUAUAGGAAAAGCUUUAACUUUGAGUCAACAUCAUCAUCAUGAACUAACAAUCAUUUGGACCAUCUCUAGCGUCUGCUCUGUGUCAUUGGUUUUUGACUCAGAAGUGAGAGAUGAACAUCAUGGAGGAAGAUUUCAUGAUAUCAGAGCUUGAACUGCUAAGCUAAGACACCCUAGCGUAACCUGAAAGAAAGUGUAGUCUUCAAUAUUUUUGUAGUUGACCUUGAAAACAUCCAUGUAAUAAUAUUAACAUCGAAUUAAUUUUUUUUUUUUGAAUGCUACUUUUUGUUAAUCCAAACUAGGCACACCAAAGUCAACUGAAUUUGCC